AUGCAUUUUGGCUCUAGUUCUAUCGUUGCUGUAGCGGAACUCGUGGUCUACGUACCUUCGAUUAUUCUUGCCUUUGUCGUUUGUGCCCGACAUGGCUUUAGUCGGAGCUCAGGCUGGUACUAUACCUUCACGCUAUGUCUGAUCCGAAUUGCUGGAGCAGUUUGCCAGCUCAUCACUCGGAAAGACCAUUCUAUCGGCCUUCUGAAGACAGUCUUGGUCCUUAGUCAUAUCGGAUUGACUCCGCUCCUUCUGUCCACUCUGGGAAUGCUGUCGCGCAUAGCCGACUGGAUCAAUGCUCGAUCACCUUCUCCGUCACUAUCGAUAAAGUACUUUCGCCUGGCUCAACUGUUUGUUGUCCUAGGCGCAGUCUUCGGCAUCAUUGGAAUUGAGAGCAGCAGCAGCAGCAGCAGCGACGGCGGCGGUGGCGAUGAUCACAAUGCAGUCAACAACUCGCCCACCACAUGGUCCAAGGUUGCCGUCAUCUGCUAUGUGGCCACGUACGCUAUGCUCUUGUUCUUGAUGGCUAGAUCCCUGUCAUUCAGACGCCAGCUUCCUGGAAAGGAACGUCUCCUAGUUCCUGCAGUAUGGGUGGCAUUACCUCUCGUGUUUGUCCGACUAUUGUAUCAAGUUCUGGUGGUUUUCGUGCACCGAGGAGACUUUAGGCGGAUCAAUGCGCCUAUUGUGGUCUUGGUUCUCAUGUCUGUUGUCGAGGAGUUUCUCGUGGUUUUCAUUUUCCUCUUUGUGGGACUGAGACUAGAUAAGCUGGAGGAGUCUGAACAGGGGCCUAUCCUAUCGCGUCCAUGGAAGAACAGAGACAGGAAACAGCGAAGAGGUGGCCGUCGCAGGAGGCGCCAAGACAAGUAUCAGGAGCCCCUGUCGAGUUAUCAGGCGCCCGUGCCUAUGGAGUAUAUGGGAGAUAGGCACGGAAUCCCAUGA